AUGAGUGGAUCUGGUGCCUCUGGUAACAAGUAUAGAAUGUCGCUCGGUCUCCCCGUCGGCGCUGUCAUUAACUGCUGCGACAACUCGGGUGCCCGCAACCUGAGCAUCAUUGCCGUCAAGGGCUUCGGUGCCAGACUCAACCGUCUUCCCGCUGCCGGUGUUGGCGACAUGGUUAUGGCUACCGUCAAGAAGGGUAAGCCUGAGCUCCGUAAGAAGGUCAUGCCCGCCAUUGUUGUCCGCCAGUCUAAGCCCUGGAGAAGAAAGGAUGGUAUCCACCUUUACUUCGAGGACAAUGCUGGUGUCAUUGUCAACCCCAAGGGUGAGAUGAAGGGUUCCGCCAUUACCGGCCCCGUUGGUAAGGAGUGCGCUGAUCUCUGGCCCAGAAUUGCCUCCAACUCUGGUGUUGUUGUUUAA